GUCAACGCUGCCCAACUCAUCCACUCACUCGAUCAACCAACAACUCCUCUUUCUCUCCUUGUCUCCAUCCUCCUCACUCAUUCGCCUCUUCUUGGGACGCUGAUUCCUCCCUCAUCCUCUCGACUUCCAUCCCCCUCUCCGUCCCCCUCCAUUCGUCAGCACGCUGCAUGCUCCUCUUCACAUAAGAGGCUGCAGCAGGUAGACGAUCUUCCCCCUCUCCCCCCCCUUCCACCUCAACCAUGACUGGGGCUACACGGCAUUCCACCUCGGAGCCUCUUCUUCCCUCCCCUCCUGAUUCCCGCAAUGGCGACGAGGUCCGAGUGGGCCACCCCGUGCUAGACCUGCCACUCGGAGACAUCAAGAGCGGAUCGCGUUUACGCGGCCAUGCACUGCUCUACAGUGUGUCCGUGUUUCUGUCCAUUGGCGUGUGGCUGUUCGGCUAUGACCAAGGAGUCAUGUCAGGCGUAAUCACUGGACCAUACUUCAAGGGGUAUUUCAAUCAGCCGACAGCCACACAACUCGGAAACAUGGUCGCCGUUCUCGAGAUUGGAGCAUUUAUUACCUCGCUCCUUGCCGCCCACCUUGCGGACAAGUAUGGCCGCCGUUGGACGAUGCGAACCGGUGCUCUAUUCUUCUCAGUUGGAGGCGUAUUUCAAACCUUUUGUACAGGAUAUCGUGUCAUGGUGUUUGGACGCUUCGUGUCUGGCUGUGGAGUCGGCAUGCUCAGCAUGGUCGUGCCCAUCUACCAGGCAGAGAUCUCUCCAGCCGACCAUCGCGGCUUCCUCGGCGCCCUUGAGUUCACAGGCAACAUCGUCGGCUACGCCUCCUCCGUGUGGAUCGACUAUGCGUGCAGCUAUAUCGAGUCGGACUGGUCAUGGCGAGGACCACUGUCCGUUCAAGUUUUCGGCGGCAUGAUCCUCGCCCUUGGGUCGUUUGUCUGUCCGGAAUCUCCACGCUAUCUCAUCGACUCGGAUCAGGAUCUCCAAGGCCUGAAUGUUAUCGCCGAUUUCCAAGGCAAGCCUCUCGACGACUUCAAGGUGCAGGAGGAGUACAAGGAGAUCCGCGAUGGAGUCCUGGCAGACCGCGCCGUUGGAGACCGGUCGUACAAGGCGCUCUGGCAGCGCUACCGCGGGCGUGUUCUCAUUGCGAUGAGCAGCCAGCUGUUCGCUCAGCUCAACGGUAUCAACGUGAUCUCGUACUAUGCCCAGGCUGGCUGGAUUGGUCGCGAUGCGAUCCUCAUGACCGGCAUCAACGCCCUUUGCUACGUCGCGUCCUCCAUUCCUCCGUGGUGGCUCACGGACGCUGUGGGUCGCCGUCCCAUUCUUCUUUGCGGUGCCAUCGCAAUGGCCAUUGCUUUGACUGCCACGGGCUGGUGGAUCUACAUCGACCAGGCCAUCACACCCAAGGCUGUCGUCGCCUGCGUGAUCAUUUACAAUGCCGCGUUCGGCAUGAGUUGGGGACCCAUCCCAUGGCUCUACCCUCCCGAGAUCAUGCCACUCCCCUUCCGUGCCAAGGGCGUGUCCUUGUCGACCGCGACCAACUGGCUGGCUAACUACUGGGUUGGCGUCACCACUCCUCUGUUCCAGGAGAUCAUGGGAUGGCGGCUGUACAUCAUGCACGCCUGCUUCUGUGUGCUCUCCUUCAUCCUGGUUUACUUCCUCUACCCCGAGACGCGCGGUGUGCCGCUUGAGGAGAUGGACAAGCUCUUUGGCGACGAGGCCGAAGGAAGCGACGAUGACGACGACGAUUUUGGCGCGUCCGAAACGUCUUCCCUUGUGCCCAGCAUGCGCAGCGGUCGCUCGCCCUCGGGCCUGCCCACCUCGCGGACAUCGUCGCCGAUGCCAGCGCACGCUGGCAUGUCCCUGUUGGGUCGGAUGACUGACGCGGUUGGGCAUGCCUUUGGCCGUCCCCCUCGUCGUCCAUCUUCGCGUGGGCGCUACAAUGCCAUCCCUGGUGAUCAAUAGGAACUCGCGAGGCUCGACCCAGGACAGCGUCACUCGCUUCAUGCGGCACGAGAGAUUGAGCUGGGCGACGCGAGUGAUCUGAGUGACUCCGAUGCGCACCCCAACCUUCGUACCAGCACAGCAGCGCCGCUAGACGCCGAGCCUCACCCCUAAGCUCCUUCAUGAGACAUGUAGCAUAUGUAUGCACAGCUUGGAUUUUGG